AUGGAGACAGGUGGGCCUCCUUGGGGUUUCACGAGCUGCUCCCUCUCAUCCACCAUGUUGGCAGUUCUCCAUACCAGUUGUAGUACAGACUCUUCUCUCAUCCAGGUCUCAGCAUCUGGGGGGACCCUUCCCCCUGUCAGCACCCUGACUGCCCUGCACAACUUAGAGCCAACGCCUACAGGGAUCAACCAGCAGCCCCAGAAUCUGAUCAUGGCUUCCCUCCCCGGGGUCAUGGCCAUUGGAGCUGGCGAGCCGUCUUCCUUGGGCCCUACCUUCACCAACACAGGAGCUUCUACUCUGGUCAUUGGCUUAGCCUCCAGCCAGGCACAAAGCGUGCCUGUCAUUAACAGCAUGGGGAGUAGCUUGACCACACUGCAGCCUGUCCAGUUCUCCCAGUCACUGCAUCCCUCCUAUCAACAGCCACUCAUGCAACAGGUGCAGGGCCACAUGGCCCAGAGUCCCUUCAUGGCCACCAUGGCCCAGCUCCAGAGUCCUCAUGGUAAGGGUCCUGGUCCUCUCCAGAGUCCAUUCUUUCCCUUUUCUGCAGUUCCUCGGUUGAGUCCCACAGUGAUGGUUGUGGGAACAGCUGGGAAAUCCCAGCCUGUCUGGUCUCUCAGGGGUCUUAGUGACCAGAGACUGCCCUUUCCCUCUUCGGUCAGUCCCGUGCUCCAAGAAUGGGAUCUUGGGUGCCCAGUUGCAGAUAAAGUUUGA